UAACUAAAUGCACAGAAAUAAAAGCGGUAGGUAGUAAUAAUGAGGUCUGCCUUUCAGUCUUGAAUGGUCACGAAGUUGUGCUAAAACCCGUUGAAUUGAAGCUAACAAUAAGACCUUGCUACUUUUAAAGCCAAAUAGAACCGAGCGGGUGUGUUUCAGGUAGCAUUAGCAUUGAAGCUAGCAGCCUGGUGAUAGCUCAUGGGAGACGUCGUUACCUUGUCAACUAAUGUCAACUAAAACUGCCUGCUGAUUAUACUAGGAAGUACAAACCGCGCACUAGCUGAGUCCCAGAUGCGUAAUGUCGCUGUCGACUGGUGUGCAAACUGUGGCAAACCAAAGCAUCAGGGAUGAAAGAAAGACCUUUUGCGUUCUGCCUGAACUCUCCUGUGAUCUUCUGGAAGAUGACUUCCACCUGAAUAAGUCUUAUCCGUGCACCCAGAAACCGAAGUACAAGAAAAGCCUCUUUGCCUUGCAGCGUCGUCAUGAUUAUCCUGACUCCAUGACAGGUGAACAUAUUGAUGUUUGCACCUCUGCAAGGAAAAAACAUCAGCUUGGUCGCAUUCUUCCUGGCUCCCAGGUUUCUGCUCACUUCCUGCAGCAACUGUCCACUGCAUCAGAAACAGAAGGGGGUUUUCCUAAUUCCUUUAUGUCUGAAGAUUUCUGCCUGCCUAAAUAUCCAGCUGCCCUUAACCCAAACAAAGUUGUCCUGACUGUCUCCCAUAAAACCAGUGAGAUAUUGUCAGCAAAUGACAAAGCGACCAACCUUUUUGAGUGCUCUACUAAAGAACUGACUGGAAAGAAGCUUUCUUCAGUUUUAAAGAAAACAAGCRAAGUCCUGGAAAAGGCACUAGAUGAAGAUUAUCCUCUAGCAGAUGGAACGGUUGCAUCCGUUUCUGGAAAAGUGGUGGAUGCUGUGACGUUAUCUGGAGAGGUACCGGUGUCACUGUGUAUGUACAGACCGUCGCAAAAUGAAGACUAUUGGCUUGUCAUGUUGGAAAGUGUAGAGAGGGUCUCAGGCUUUUUGUCUUUUUCACAAGAUGGCUCCAUUCUAAACUGUGAUUUGGCAUUGGCUCAUUUUCAUGGAUACCACAACCCUGAGGACCUAAAAGGAGUGUCUGUCAGGGAGUUAAUUCCCUCACUGCAAAUUCCUCUUUACGGUCAUGCUUUGUCUAAAACUUUGAGGGUUCAGAGAGUGCAUGGGAAAAGCAGGAGCGGUGCGGCAGUCCCACUCUGUGUAAAACUUCAGGGGGCAGCUCUGUGUGGAAAAGCACAACACAAAAACAACCCUUCCUCCCUGGUGGCGGGAGACAUGGCCAUGGUGCAGCAGGCUAUCCUGGGCCGGACGUCAACGGGUAGAGGGAGGAUCUUCACUGGAACCAGUACCAGGCUGGAGACGCACAGCAGCGCUCUGUCUACCCUUUCUCUUCCRGCAGUCACCUCCACACAUUUGGUCAUGGCCAACGACACCACAGAGCUGACUGAGGAGGCGGCCCGUGCGGCUCCCUGCAGCARCCAGCUGGAUGGAGCAGAUUCCACUCAGGCACUCCUCAGGACGUUUGCCUGGGUGGAGCCUCCAGAUGAAGACACCUGCUGUGUGGUUUCCACUGAACCGUCCCUCCAUGCCAGAGAUGAGCAGCUGGGCAAUGUGGUUCAGACAAAUAACCCACCUGCCACAGAGAUUACCCCUGCCCCGUUUGCUCAGGAUGCUGUUAACAAAGCARUUCAUAGCUGCGCUGAUGUAGGAAAAGAGCCUCGCCCGUGCACCUCUGUGCUCCAAGACUCCAGCUUUGAGGUCAUCUCAUUGGAGAGAUCUUCUUCUCCUGAGUUCUGUCCACGGAUUGCUGCUCAGGGUGGUCCUGAUCCAGCGCAUGCWGUGGACUCGGCAAGUUAUUUCCUGGAUAUCAACAGCGAUGGAGAUGUAAUUACUCGGGCACUAGAUGAGCUAGACCUGAGCAAAAGCGUAGAGCUGGUCAGCGCGGGAGGGUGUAAUGGUGACCGUAACCGGUCCCAGCUCGCCUGUGAUACGGCUGAACUCCUAAAAGCACCCUUCCUUUAUGUGUCGGAGUCUGACCACGAGCCGUCUGAGCUGCCGCACCCUUCUGCGGAGGCGCAGAACGGUUCAGCUCAGGAGCAGGAUCAGUGGGCUGCUCUUUCUGUUAUUCACAAAGCUAAGAGCCAGGAGAGCUCGGAACAAGUGAAUACUGGUCUGCAGCCACUAGCAGACAUGCCUGCCACAUCAACGCCGAAGAAGCAGAAGGUGAAAGAAUGCAGCCCGUCCACGGAAACUAAUCAAAUAUUGGAAGGACGARUUGAAGGAAGUGGCUACCACAGGGACGGCACAAGAGUAGAGGUGCAGUGUGAUGUGUGCAGGGUUGACCUCUCUGAUGGAGGUUCUAUGUUCUGCGUGUGGAUUAAAAGGUGUGGCCAGCAGGGGGCGGUGUUGCAAACAGAUCCUUCACUUCAUAACCAAUCAGGAGCCAGUCCAGGAAAGAGGGUUGGUGAGAGCAGUCAAGGAGGAGCAUUGCGCUCUACUAUGGACCUCGAGCAUUCUCGAGCCUGUGACGGGCAGUUUGAAGAAGACUACAAACCACUCAAAGCUGUGGGUAAAGGAGCCUUUGGUUUUGUCUGGAAGGCAAUACGACGCUGUGACGGACAUGAAGUAAUAGUGAAGUUCAUUAGCAAGGCCAGGAUAGUGAGUGACUGCUGGGUGGACGACCCCAUGUUGGGCAGAGUGAGCCAAGAGAUUGCCAUCCUGACACGAGUGCAGCACCAUAAUAUUGUCAAGGUGCUGGAGGUGUUUGAAAAUGGAAGUUAYUUCCAGAUGGUGAUGGAGAAGCAUGGAGAUGGUUUGGACCUUUUUGAAUUCAUUGACAUGGAACCAAGGCUGGAUGAGCCCCUGGCCAGUUAUAUCUUUAGACAGAUUGUGGCAGCUGUGUUCUACCUGAGGAGCAAGAACAUCAUCCACAGGGACAUAAAGGAUGAGAACAUCAUCGUCGACAAGUGUUUUCACAUUCGGCUGAUAGAUUUCGGCUCGGCUGCCAUAUUGGCUCCUGGAAAACUCUUUUAUAACUUCUGUGGCACAUUGGAGUACUGCUCCCCAGAGGUGCUUCAGGGAAAUCCCUACAAAGGUCCAGAAUUGGAAAUGUGGUCUCUUGGAGUUUUGCUCUACACUCUCCUGUUCAGUGAGAAUCCUUUCUGUGAUGUGGGUGAAAUUCUGGAUGCCAAACUAAAGCCUCCGUUCCCCUUGUCUCCAGAGUUGCAUAGGUUGUUGUGUGGUCUUCUGCACCCCGUUUCCACAAAGAGGAUGACCUUAGACCAGCUGUUGUUGCAGUCCUGGAUCAGCCAGCCCAUUUCUCUUGCAGAAUACAGCUGGUUGGAUGUGGUUCCUGCGACUCAGAGCUUCUGUUCAUCACACCACCAGGAAUCCAGUUCUAAUGGGUACAUCGGACCAGAUUUGUUCUCAGAUCAAGGAGAUGAAUCUCUCCCUGAAGAUGAAGAGGAUGAUGAUGAGGAGGAGGAGGAGGAGAGUUUGGCUUUGCAAAAUGAGCUUCAGAAAUGCCUCCAGAGGAUUGACGAUUCGAUUUGAAAAGACUGAAGUUACUUGGUCUGUAGCAGCAGUGCAAGUUAGAAAACAUGAAAAAUAAUCUAAAUCUGAUAUCAAGACCAAGUUAUUUACAAAUGAAGUUGCUUUGUGGCUCGUCACAAUGAGACCUGUCAGAUUUUUUUAUCAUAGGCACAGAAAGUCAGACAUAAUUAAAUUUAUAGGCAGGUUUUUUUUAUAUAUAUACAGUAGUUUUUGAUCGGGGAAAUGUUUUACCUCCAGUAUAAUGCCGAUGGAUGGUAAGAAUUCCUUUUUUGAUGAAUAGCUGUUUUCUGUUCAGAUAUUCUCUCUCAAUCUUGUAUAUUUUAAUAGCACAAGUAAAGCAUAUUUACAAGAUUUUUUUAUAUUUAUUUUUUUAUGUGAAUAAAUAUCUUACCACAAA